CUGCCUUUAAAAGUACUGCCACACUAGGCCUUCCUCCUCCCAGGGCCACGGGCUACUAUGCUAGCCGCAAAGGGCCGCCUGCCUCGAGGUGCUGGCUGUGGAGUUGCAGUCAUUGUGCCGUGACAGUGACGCUGGCAGUGGUUUCCGCGACAGCGGAUGCGGUAGCUUUAGCUCGGCCUGGGCUCUGGCUGCCUGAGGGUCAGUGCAGUACCCACCAUUUCUCCAGGACCCCACACCAGUAACGACCAUGAGCCAACAGCCGAAGCAACCAGCAAUGGCGGCCUCAGCGGCCUCGGUGGCCUCAGUGGUUUUGCACAGGCCCAUCAAGGGAAUCCUGAAGAACAAGACAUCUGCAGCUUCCCCGGUGAUAGCCUUAGCCAAACAGCCCCGCCGGAGAGUCGAAAAGGAGCUGAGUAAAAAGUCCCAGAAGUGGGAUGAAAUGAACAUCCUGGCAACAUAUCACCCAGCCGACAAAGACUAUGGUUUGAUGAAAAUAGAUGAACCAAAUACUCCUUACCACAAUAUGCUAGGUGACGAUGAAGAGGCCUAUAGUGAUUCAGAAGGCAACGAAGUCUUGACUCCAGAUGUCUUAGCUAAGAAAUUAGCUGCUGCUGAAGGCUCAGAGCCAAAGUAUCAGACUCGGGAACAAAAAAACAGUGAAGAGGAAGAUAAUGACCUUUCCCCUGAAGAGCGAGGAAAGAAGCAGCAGUUUGAAAUGAAAAGGAAGCUUCACUACAAUGAAGGACUAAAUAUCAAAUUAGCUAGACAGUUAAUUUCAGAAGAACUGCAUGAUGAUGACAAAGAUGAAAAAAUGUCAGAGACCGCAGAUGGAGGGAGCAUGAAUAUUGAAGCAUCAAAUCAAGGAUCUACAGCAAGUGACCAUCUGCAACACAAAUCAUAAAGUUCAUAAAAGAAAUGUCUUCCACAAUACAGUCGUUUGUCAAAUACAAACCUUGUUACUAUAAAUACUGCCUCUUGAUCUCCACAAUUCGUGACUUGUGAAAAUACACACCAGUAAUAUAGUGCCAAGAAUUAAG